CUCUCAAAAGUGAAGUGUGCCCACAAGUUGCAGCUGUCUCCAGCCCAUUUCCCUUCCCAUUUGCCCCAUUUUCCUCUAACCUCUCCUUCCUUUAUAUACCCCAUCUGUGUUCCUCACUCCCUCAUCACUCACCAGUCACCACCACCACCACCACCACCAACGCCGCCGCCCCCGCCACCACUGUUCAGAAUGUCAAAGCCCCAUUUCUUGCUUUGCUUUCUUGGCUUCUCUAUAUUCUUUAGCUGCAGCUAUGUCUAUGCUUCCACUUCUUCAAAUCCACUGCAACUACAGACCUUAAACACUAAGCCAGAGCACAUCAACCCAAAGCUUCCCCCCAGAACCCUCUCCUCAUCCAACAAAUUCGAGGGGUCUUCCGACUUGGUCCAGCUCCGCUACCACAUGGGCCCAGUCCUCUCUUCCUCCCCCAUCAACAUUUACCUCAUCUGGUAUGGUCGUUGGGCUGCUUCCCAAAAGCUCCUCAUCAAGGACUUCAUCAAUUCCAUCUCUCCUGCCACUGCUGCUGCUAAGCCCACCGUCUCCGAAUGGUGGCGCACUGUUUCUCUUUACACAGAUCAAACUGGCGCCAAUGUCUCUCGUUCUGUCCUCAUCGCUGGCGAAUACACCGAUAAGGCCUACUCUCAUGGGGCCCACUUGACUCGUCUUUCCAUCCAGCAAGUGAUUGCCACAGCCGUGAAAUCUGCUCCUUUCCCGGUGGAUCACAAGAAUGGGAUCUAUCUGAUCCUCACUGCGCAGGACGUGACCGUACAGGACUUUUGUCGAGCUGUUUGUGGGUUCCAUUACUUCACAUUCCCAUCUAUGGUGGGCUACACUUUACCAUACGCUUGGGUGGGAAAUUCAGGGAAACAGUGCCCCGACGUUUGCGCCUAUCCUUUUGCAAUCCCGGGAUACAUGGGAGGAGGUGGGCCUGGGGCGUUGAAAGCGCCGAAUGGUGAUGUGGGUGUGGACGGAAUGAUCAGCGUCAUAGGGCAUGAACUUGCAGAGCUAUCUUCGAACCCAUUAGUAAACGCUUGGUAUGCAGGGGAAGACCCCACAGCACCAACAGAGAUUGGAGAUUUGUGUGAAGGGUUGUAUGGAACAGGUGGGGGUGGAGGAUACAUAGGGCAGGUGAUGAGGGACAAGCAAGGAAGGACUUUUAACAUGUAUGGUGGGAGAGGAAGGAAGUUUUUGGUGCAGUGGAUUUGGAGCCCUGAGUUGAAGGCCUGUGCUGGCCCUAAUGCUAUGGAUUAGAGGUCUUUUCUAGGAUCUUGCAAAAUAUUUAUUUCUCUAUGCUCUUGAAUCUUGAGUUUGAUGGAAGCAAAUGACAUAGCUGGAUUUGCAAAAAUUUAAAAAAAAAAAAAAAAAAUUAUGGGGGUGGGGAGAUCGGAGAUAGGAAGGAUAAGAUGAGAUUUAUCAUCUUUUUCAUUUCUUUAUUUCUUUAUUUUUUUUUUUUAAUUUAUAGAUAGUUUAGAUGUAUAAAGAAAGAGGGGUGAACGGUGUUGAUAUUAGAUUUUUCCUUUCGUAGCAAUAUAUUUUAUUUAUAAUUUA